GUGUUGCCUCCGAGUGGCCAUAUUGAAAAGAUCAUGUGUGAGUGUGAUGUGGAGAGCAGCAAAUCUGCAAGAAGACAGAAUUCCUGCACACAGCCUCCUCCUCUGAUGAUGGCGGCCACUGACGCAAAUGAAGACAAACGGAACCUGGAGCUCGGAGGUCAUGUGGGCUUUGACAGUCUUCCGGAUCAGCUGGUCAGCAAAUCAGUUGCUGCAGGCUUUUGCUUCAACAUCCUCUGUGUAGGCGAGACGGGGAUUGGCAAGUCAACGCUGAUGAACACCCUCUUCAAUACAACAUUUGAAAAUGAAGAAGCCGGCCAUUUUGAGAGUGUGGUCCAGCUUCUUCCUCAAAUGUAUGAUCUGCAGGAAAGCAACGUCAAACUCAAGCUGACCGUUGUCCACACUGUUGGAUUUGGAGACCAGAUCAACAAAGAAAGCAGCUAUAAGCCCAUUCUGGACUACGUUGAUGCCCAGUUUGAAAGGUAUCUCGAGGAGGAGCUAAAAAUAAAGCGUUACCUCUUAAACUACCAUGACACAAGAAUCCACAUCUGCCUGUAUUUCAUCGCUCCCACUGGUCACUCCCUGAAAUCCCUGGAUCUCGUCACAAUGAAGAAACUGGACAGCAAGGUGAACAUCAUCCCUGUCAUUGCAAAGGCAGACACAGUCUCCAAGAGUGAGCUGGACAAAUUAAAGAUCAAGAUCAUGAGUGAGCUGGUCAGCAACGGUGUUCAGAUCUAUCAGUUCCCCACAGAGGAUGAAGCUGUCGCAGAGAUCAACUCCUCCAUGAAUGCGCAUCUUCCCUUUGCUGUAGUCGGAAGUGCAGACGAUGUUAAAGUAGGAAAUAAGAUGGUGAAAGCACGACUGUACCCGUGGGGAUCAGUACAGGUGGAGAAUGAAAACCACUGUGAUUUUGUGAAGCUGAGAGAGAUGCUUCUGCGUGUGAACAUGGAGGAUCUCCGCGAUCAAACGCACGCUCGCCACUACGAACUUUACCGUCGCUGCAAGCUGGAGGAGAUGGGCUUCAAGGACACAGAUCCGGACAGCCAGUCGUUCAGCCUUCAGGAAACGUACGAAGCCAAGAGGAAGGAGUUCAUUGUGGAGCUCCAGCGCAAGGAGGAAGAAAUGAGGCAGUUGUUUGUCAACAAAGUGAAGGAGACGGAAGCCGAGCUGAAAGAAAAGGAAAAAGAGCUUCAUGAGAGGUUUGAGCAACUCAAGCGGCUGCACCAGGAUGAAAAGAAGAAUCUGGAGGAGAAGAGACGAGAGCUUGAAGAGGAGAUGAAUUCCUUCAAUAGAAGAAAGGUUGCAGCUGAGACACUGAUGGGACAGGCGCUGCAAGGCUGCUCACAGCAGCCAUUCAAGAAGGAUAAGGACAAGAAGAAUUGAUGAUUUAUGGAUCAAACGUCCAGGAAAACCAGGAAUGUGUCCACCAUCAGCAUGGGAAAAAACAGACUGUUAAAACUUACUGACACUGUACAUGUGGACUCAUUGACACAGGGACUAUGAACAUUAUGUGAAUCAGAAUAACGGGAUGGCAAUAAGCCACUGUGUUCUUAUGGAUCAAAAAGGUAGCUUUGCAGAGUGUAUUUAAUAUUGUUCCUAAUGCUGACUCUGCUAAAUGCAUAAUAACAAAACCUCUGGACUGUUUUCACAAGACAUAGCUUGUGUUCUUUCAUGUUCUUUCAUCACUAAUAAUAAUCGGAGACAGUGCAGUGGGGUUUGUUUUAAUGUAGAACGUAUAAUACUGUACAUAGAAUAUUGGCAGUUCUUUUUAAUUGGUUAGUUGCAAAUGUUAUUUAAUACAUAGUUAUAAAGAAAAAAAUAUAUAUUUAUAGUGAGUCUGAAAAUGAACUAAUAUGUUGUCUUCAGUCACAUAAAAGUAUUUCUUAGAAGUAAAUAAAGCUGAUGCUAAACCCAUUUUUUAUUUUAACUCUGGGACGUUCCAUCAAAUAUUUUAUUAAUAUGAUUCAAAUCAUCUAAUUUUCUCACCUGCUUUGUACCCAUUUUCUGAUCUCUUUCAUUUAAUAAAAGUUAGAUUUAUUUUAAUAAAAGCACUAUCCUUUUCAUUCAAGUGAAGCAACAAACAAAAUAACAAAAUGCUUAUUAAAAUGUUUGUCCUUGUUUCU